CGCAGAAUCAUGACGUUACCUUGAGCAAGACUCAGUAACUUCAUCAGUGUGUGAUGUUAUAAUUGUUCUAUUUAAAAUUAAACCUCUUCUAUGGGCUUAUUACCCCGAGCAGUGGGUCCACUUAAUACUACUAAUGUGAAGUGACCCCUGCUGUCAUGCCUCCAAUCAUGGCUCAGAUCAGUGAUCCAAAAAUCGCAUUUGCCUACCUGCGCCCGGCCUGUGUCCUCCUCACCCGAGCGCCCACUGUGACCAACGUGGAGACGCUGAGCGCCCAGUUAAAAGAAGUCAAUGAUGCCACGUUGCAGCAGCUCCAAGAGUACGUCCUCUUCCCUCUUCGUUUUGUCCUUAAAGUCCCCGGGCCUAAGAAGGACAAACUGGUGCAGGCUGUGGCUGAGGCCAUGAGCCACGUCCUGGAGAACACUUGUGUCCAGAGCUGGGAGACCCUCCGUGACCUCCUCUCAGAGCUUUGCCUCUGCCUGUGCUCUCCAACCGACCCUGGGAAAGCUGCAGAUACAUCAGAGGAGCUGAAAUUGGCUGUUCUGAGGUGCUUGGAUGCCCUGCUUCAUGCUGCUUAUGGUGAUAUAGUCUUCAAACUCUUUGAACCAAUUAUGCUGCCCGGACUGGGAGCUGCCAUAUCACUCCUGCUGGCUUUAGGAGAGAAGGAGAAAUCCAGAGAUGUACAGGCAGCAUCGUUGAAGUGCCUGCAGGCUUUGACUCUGCAGUGUGACUGCACUCAGGAGCAUGUCGUCCCAUCCUCAGAGGAGAGAUGUGCUAUAGGCAGCACCAUGGCUUCAUUCCUACCUGGGAUCACUGUGGCUGUAGCCAGGACCAUUACAGGAGAUCUGAGACAAGGCCAUGCAGUCACAGUCAGGGCCAUCAAGGUUUGGUCCAGGACUGUGGGGCUUGUCAUGGAAGAUGGCCAACUUCAGGCCAGUAAGCCCUUGAAGACUCCCUCACCAGACCUGGGGAGAAUCGAACAGCUGAUGGUCCAUCGGACACAAGACUGGGUGAAGAGCACAGCGGGGAAACUGUCAGUGCUCCUGAAGAAGAUCAUCUCCUGCACCUCGGCUCACCAGCACUGGAGGGUUAGACUAGAGAUGGUGGAGCUGGAUGACCACCUGCUGGCCAGGUGUAGCCAGUCACUGGGAGAGUGUGUGGGACCGCUACUGGAAGCACUGGUGGGGGCAGUCAACGACGAGGAGCCCAGAGUCAGAAAGAGGUGUGAAGUUGUUCUCAGGAAGGUAUCACAGAGGAAUCAGAGCUGUAGCAGCAGCAGUGAUAUUACCAGUGAAGGCAGCAGAAGUGCUCAGACCUUCACUGACGUGCUUUCAGAGAAUCUCUACUCUUUGGCCACCUCCCUGCCCAGACUGAUGAGGACCUCUGAUGACCAGAAGAAGCUGUUUGUCCUUAAUGUGUUUCUGGGUUAUUUGAAAGUCCUGGGACCGCUGGUCUCCGUGAUACUUAACUCGGCUGCACAUCUCGAGAGGAUUUCCAAAGCCUUGAUGCAGGUGCUGGAGCUGGAUGUGAUGGAUGUUCGUAUUGUGGAGGAAAGGAGUUACACUGCUACCUUAGAGACAAGCUCGUGCACCCAUGAUUCCUACACUGCUCACAUACAGAGGAAGCAUUUUCUCUACUUCACAGAUGAGAAGAUCUUUUCUGUGCUCAUGGAAAUCUGUCAAACAUUAGGUUACUACGGCAACAUUUACCUGCUGACCGAUCACUUCCUGGAUCUGUACCAACAGUCUUCAACAUACAGAAAGCAGGCUGCCAUGGUGCUAAAUGAGAUUGUCAGGGGUGCCGCAGGCAUCGCCGUGGCAAAAGAGUGUCAGGGUUUGGAGACUCAAGUUUGGGGACGCUCUGCCACCCAGGAAGACCUUAAAGUUGCAGUGGUGUCUGUCAUAGAGGAAUACACCAGUCCGAACAACUGGCACUUGACAACUGUCAGUGAGGAGACAGAUAGAGACCGACAGGACCAGCAGCUGCUCAGCCCAUCCAGACUCCUCUCCAUACCCAACAGUAAUGUUGGCAACACUAAAGCAAACUCUCUCCAACUGAUUCCUUCGUCAUUUGGCACCGUGUCUUCCUCAUCGCCAACCUCUGCAAUCCACCAGCUCAACAGUAACAUCUGGCAGCUGUGUAUCCAACUCGAGGGCAUCGCUUGCUUUGCUCAGGCACUGGGGCGGGACUUCCGGCCCAUGUUGAUGACAUCACUGUACCCCGUACUGGAGAAAGCCGGAGAGGAGACACUGCUGGUCAGCCAGGCAGCGCUGGGCUCUAUGUGGGACAUCAGUAUUUCCUGUGGCUACCCCUCCCUGAAGGAGCUGAUCAAUGAGAACUCUGACUACCUGCUCAAUGACAUAUCACUUAACCUGCAGAGGCUCAGUCAGCAUCCUCAGGCUCCACGGGUGUUGACAGUGAUGUUGACUCACUCUGACUGCAGCCUGCUGCCUCUGGUCGGGGACAUGGUUCAGGAUGUGCUGAUGGCUCUAGAUCUCAGCUACGACCACACAGCUGCUCUCUUCUGCUCUGUGCUGCACGCGCUCAUGAAGGCACUGGCGAGGUGGUUUCCCUCCAGGUGUUGUCGGACCAGUAAGUCUGCCAGACCCGACCAGACCUCCCCUCACGACGAAAUCCUUAACAUUCGCCAAUUCCUGCUGGAUCACCGCAUACAGAAAGAGCUAGCAGAGGGCAUUGGAAUAGAGGAGGACAGCAAUGAAGACCUUGAAGUCCCUCCUCCCCAGGAGUGUGAGGAUGUUGAAGAUAUUGGGGGUCCUGAUGUAAAAGCGGAGCUUCCCUCCCACCUCAGCAUCACUAAAGAUGUUAUGGAGCGCUCCAUUCAUCUGCUGAGUGAUCCUAGUCUCAGAAUACGACUCAAGGUAUUGGACGUGCUGGAGCUGUGCGUGUGUGUACUGAGUGAACAGGAAAAUGAAUUGCUCCCUAUGGCCCAUCGCUGCUGGCCCGCCCUCCUACAAAGACUCACCGCUGAUGACCCUUUAGCAGUACUCCAAGCCUUCAGGGUGCUGUGUACGCUGGGUGAAACAUGUGGUGACUUCCUGAGGAGGAGGGUAUCUAAAGAGGUUCUGCCCAAGCUAUGCUCCUCGCUGGUACGGCAGGCUCCGAUCAGCGUCAAGGCCGGACCCGUCUACACGCACACCCUAGCCUACAAAGUGCAGCUGGCUGUGCUGCAGGGGCUGGGCUCACUGUGCCACAGACUGGACCUGGGUGAGGCAGACCUGGAUGCUGUUUGCGAGGCCUGCCUGCCCUACCUGAGCUGUAGGCAACCAAUCAGACUGCAAGAGGCCAGCGUAAGCGUUUUCCAACACUUAAUCCAGGUGGAUCCGGAUGCCUUCUGGUUUACUCUAAACGAGCUGCACUGCCCAUCGUCCUACAUCCCGCCCCACCCCGACCUCCAGCCUGUACAGCUGAGCGGAAUGGGUCGACCGAGAGACGAGUACUCAGACAACGUGCUGAAACUGCUGAGAGAGGAGUUUGGCUCGGUUGCUGACAACAGUCAGCUAAUGAACUAGUGAUUGAUGUGAUUGACUCCCUUCUCAUAUGGACGGCUAAUUGAACCACUGACUCCAACGAGUCUGUUUACUAAAAGAAAAUCCGACAAUUGUGCAAAAAAAACCCCGCCAUCAGAUAAGGUUGUGAUAACCUUCAUGCUCUACACAGCUCUGAUAAGCAGCAAGGUACAAAGGGAAAAUAUCAAUGAAGCAUCUCUACGGCUGUUCACUCUCCUGCUGCAGGUGUAGAAACCAGGAACACUUCUGACAGGUCUUCUACAUUAGGAAACAUGUAGUCACAGUGCUGAUGUUUUUCAUUUCAUUUUUCUUAUGUCAAGGCACUGACAUAUACUCUAUGGAAAUGUUAUGUUUGCUAUUCCUUUUUUUUCUCUUUAUUUUCUUAAGAAAUACCUUUUUCCAACUUGGAACCGCCUAGCUGGUUUGAAUCAUUCAACCUGAACGCAUGGGACUUUUAUACAGAUUAACUUGCCUCUUGGUAACAAAGAGAUUUUUUGUGACCUAUUUUAAUUAAAAUAAUCAUCAAAAUACUAA